AGGCAGUCAGAUGCGAGCAGGGACGCAGUCUUACUUCACACGUGAACCACGUAGCACGUUCACGCAUCGCUAACUCCAGGAUCGAGAGAAAUCAGUUAUAUAAAUUGCCAAAAUAUAUUUUAUCAAAAAGGACCAACCUGGACGCAGCGUUUGUUAGCGUUCGCGGUAAUAAAUCAUGACAGUGAAAAACCGUUAUUUCAUCAUCUUCGUUAUCUCGCUGUCACUUUUUAUUGGGAACAGCGAAGCGGGAUGGAAGUUUUGGAAAAAGGAGACCACUACAACUACUACCACAACACCGACCCCCGAAAAUGUUCAACCUACUGCUACUCCAAUACCAAACAUAGUCGGGCCACAGGUCACGACGCCCAAAGGAUCGACGGCACCAGCUGUGAACACAGGAACUGGUAUAAUAGGUGCUGCUAACCCGGGACUUGCCAUUGGCGUAGGAACUACUGGACAAAAUAUACGAAAUAAUGCGCGACCCAGUCGACCUAAUCCAGGAACAGAAGUUGGCCUGGAUAUCGCUGGUCCAAGACCAGGUAGACCGGAAGUCGGUGGUGGUCAAAAUUAUCGAGAUUGGGCUGCAGGUCUCACCGGAACUGGAGAGCUGUCCGGAAACCAGCCAUCGAGAGGACCCGUUCAAGGACCUCAGAGACCUCAAGGACCACAAGUAUCUCAAGGACCUCAAGUAGCUCAAGGACCUCAAGUACCUCAGGGGCCUCAAGUACCUCAAGGGCCUCAAGGACCUCAAGGACCUCAGGGGCCUCAAGUACCUCAAGGGUCUCAAGUACCUCAAGGACCUCAAAGACCUCAAGGACCGACAAGUGGUGGCCAGACGCAGCCCAGUUUACCAUCUGCAAACUCAAGGCCAAAUCCAGAAGCAACGAAUCGACCCGCAGCUUCGCAUAUACCAGCAAACAUCCCGACUCAACCGAACCAGCCAUCAAACACAGGUUCAGGAUCAGGAGGCAUGCCUAGAAUUGCCAUACAACCUCCAAAACCUCAUGUGAUACCUGAUCCUAUCACUGGGAUUUCUACUUCCGAUGAUCGCAGCAGACCGGGUAGCCCUUUUUCUCCAAAUUCAGGAGCAUCGUUUGCUGACGUUGCUGGUGGUGGCAGCAGACCCGCUUCGCCGACAGGGUCGCCGAGACAACCCGAGUAUCCUAGACAACCAAGUGCGAGUAUACCGGGCAUAAACCCUGCAGGUGCCGCUGGAGCCAACCAGAACAGACCAGGUACGCCUUCUUCUCCAACUUCAGGAAAAUCAUGGGCGGACGUUGCUGCCGGUGGUAGCAGACCUUCUUCACCUACAGGCCUCCCUAGACAACCUGUACCAGAACUAGGUGAGAAUGAACGUAGAACCACGGGAAGACCGGCACAACCUGGCGAUUCUCGGCCAGAACCGGCGAGAGGCACGUCCACCAUUGGCGUUACUCCGGCCACGGGUGCCGCGGAUCCAAACAAAAAAGUAUAUUCCAGUAAUCCAACAUACAGCAAAGGGAAUACAGUUACUGACGAGGACUUAGAGAAGUUGUCCGAAGCGCUCUACAUCAAAGAGACGAAUAAUGCAAACCGAUACAUAACACUCAAUCUGCAACAGAAGACCACCAGCGGUAGCCCGACGGACCAAGCUCCACAGCCGCUACUUACAGUGAGCGCUGAGGCUUUCCAGAUUCCCACGAUUCAAAGAGUCCUGUCGAUAUUCGACAAUUAUCAAUUGGACACUCAUACGAACGAGUACAUUAGUCCAGCGCAAAGGCAAGAGGAGAGUCUCCUUGUCGACACUUUCUUAAGUACGAACGUGAUGUCUGCCGCGAUGCGUUUCCUCGCAGAUAAAGGAUUCAUGCGGCAGGAUUAUUACGAGUACAAAGACACCCUGAGAAGAAUCUGGUUCAAUCUAUUCUCACGCGGGCAAGGUAAGAUCGGAAGCACCGGAUUCGAGCACGUCUUCAUGGCGGAGACGAGGCAAGCGGAUUCAGGCACUCAGGAGGUACUCGGGCUACACAAUUGGAUCUACUUCAAUGCAGAAGAAACGAAGAGACGCGUCGACUACUUGGGUUAUAUCAACAAAGUCGAUUUAGGAAACAAAGGGUCCAUCGUCAAGGUGCACGCGAAAUUCAAUGGUCUCGACAAGCCAGUUACAGCGUUGUUCGUCGGCACCUCGCCUGAACUGGAAAUGGCGCUCUACACCGUCUGUUUCUACGCGAGACCGGACGGAAAAUGUCCCGUGUCUUUAGGAGGAACGAAAUUCAACAUAGUGACGUACAAGUUUAAAUACAGAGGAAAAGAUCUGAUCGGAACGGCGUACCCGGAAAUUUGAGGAUGCCGUACAAAAUGUACCCCUCAGAGAUUGUACAAUUCUUGUAUACCUUAUAGUAAAUAAAAUAAACCAUACAUGAUUGCACAGUUUGUAUCAA